AACAUAAUUUUGUUGUAAUGUUGUUGCUGUACAGUUAAUUUUUUGUUAUAGUUAUAAUUUUUGUUCUCGUUUUCGUCGAAAUAUCAAAAGUUUGGACAUGUAUGGAUUUUUGUUUUGUCUGGUGUUUGCUCUGAUCUCUUACCAAGAAGCAUUUGGGGUGAACUGUCCGCGCCAGGAAGACAAGGUGGAAGGCGGCAGAACGUGUCAACCGUCAUGCAAGUACAACCGUGAAUGCACCGGAAAAGGCCAAACUUGUAACUGCGACGAUCACUGCGGGAUGUCAUGCUUCAAUAAAAAAGCAGAAUGUGAAAAACUUCCUGAUCUACAAAAUGGAAAACUAAAUUGGUCAUCCCAUUCCCGAUCGUAUGCGGCUAUUGUGAGGUUUCAAUGCAAUGCUGGAUAUCGAUUGUCAAACAGUGAAAAUCGGAAGUGCCGAUCAGAUCUAAAAUGGUCUGGUUCAAUGCCACUAUGUGAACCGAUUGUUUGUACGAGUCCAAGUGACUUACAAAACGGGUACUUCAAACCUAACGAAACCGAGUGGUCAUUUUCGUCAGAAGUGACCUAUUAUUGUAACAAGGGUUUCAAGUUCGAAAUCAAAAAACAUAACGCCAAAACCGUCACACUCACUUGCGACAAGGAUGGUAAAUGGACAGAGGAAACCCCGGAAUGUGUUUCCAUUCAAGACAUGGGUAGCAGAAGAGGUGCCGAUUAUUGUCAUCCUCCUCCGGUUCUUGAAAAUGGAGGGAUUGAACCGGAUGUGAUCUCCGGUAAUGUUGCUCAAGUUGCUACCUCAUUCUCAUGGGUACCUGGUGAUGUUAUCACGUAUUAUUGCAAAGAAGGAUUCCUGCUAACAGGGAGUGAAAAGAGAAAAUGCGAUAAUGAUGGUUCAUGGACUGGUAUGCAGCCAGAAUGCGUAGCGAUUCGUAUUGAAGUAUACUCUCAUGUUUUGGACGAAGGGCACUGCUCCACACCGCCAAGUAUAAAACAUGGUUGGUUUGAAGAAUACUCAGAUUCAUACUCGGAAAAUGAUGAUGAUGAUAGUAGCGACGAUAUAGACGGUCGUUCAUCAGAAACUCCAGAUGACACUAUUUGGCAAGCAAACAUUACUAUUGUUUACAAGUGCAUGGAAAAUUAUGUUCUAGUACAAGGUAGCAAAAAAAGAACCUGUCACGAUGAUGGUUCCUGGACUGGAAGUCAGCCUAUGUGCGUUUUGAAAGCCGAUGAGUCGAGAGUCGGCGACGACGGAUACUGCGAUUCCCCUCCUGAUAUUCAGAAUGGUUGGGUAUCGCCUGACAGUAACUGGGGCGAUGACUCUUACACUGAGCCUGAGGGGGGUAAUGAAGUACUCCCACCUGUUGCCCAAGUUGAAAUUCGUUGGCGGACGAAUGAUGUGUUAGUUUAUCGUUGCCUGAAGAACUACGAAUUAGUAUCUGGCAGCAAACGUCGUAUUUGUAACUCAGAUGGAACGUGGACUGGAAACCAACCAAGAUGCGUUCGCAAAGUUGAAUCCACGAGUAGAACUUGUUCAACUCCUACUUUUCCACGAUAUGGUACAAUCGUUCCUCAACGGUACAUGUGGUUUGUUGGUAAUUCUUAUACUGUGUCGUGCAAUACUGGUUAUGAAGCUCCAUUGAUAAACAUUGCAACCUGUCUUUCUAAUGGAAUGUGGUCACCACAACAUCUAGAAUGCAAGCCUAUUCAGCAAGAAACAUUUUGCGUGCCCCUACCCACUAUACAAAACGGUUGGAUGGAUUCACCAAACCCAGGAGCUUAUCGUUAUCUAGUUGGCCAAUCAAUUACUUAUCGUUGCCGAUCAGGAUAUAAACUUGUCGAAGGAAGUACAACUAGGACUUGUUCCUCUCAGGGCUCAUGGACUGGAUCUCAACCCUCUUGCAAAGAACCAAAAAUUGUAACGUGUAAUCAUCCGAGUGCAAUUGGCGGUGUAGUAUCUCCACAAAAGUCCGUGUGGUAUCAAGGAGACACAUUUUCAAUAACUUGUUUUCAAGGAUACAACCCUCCUUCAAUUGUUGCAUCAACUUGUCUCUCUAGUGGAUCUUGGUCGCCCUCUUCAACUCUUGAAUGCAAAAGAAAAACUACUGCAACCUAUUGCGAUGCCCCUCCAGCAGUAGAAAACGGAAGAAUUCUUUUGGAGAGAAACCGACUAGGAGGACAAGAAAGCGGUUCUCAAUCACAAGCAGCGUUGAUGAGCGCAGCGAGUAGUUUACAAGUCAGGAUCAGGUUUCUUAUCAACGACGCCAUUGUUUAUAAAUGCAAGGAUGGUUAUGUUCUUACUGAUGGAAGCAAAAGGCGCGUUUGUUCGUCAAAUGGAUGGACUGGCACUAGUCCUACAUGUAAAACUUCUACUCCUCAGCAGCAGUAUUGUGAUCCUCCCCCGCCCAUUGACAACGGUUGGGUAGAAAAUGAAAGAAACACCGGUCAAGGAGCAGGACAGGAUAUAUUUCUGACGUCUGCAAGCAGUUCCGUCAGAGUUCGCUAUCUUCCUAACGAUGUUAUUGUAUACAAAUGCCGUCGAUGGUAUGAAUUAGAUGGUGGAAGUGCGCGUAGGACUUGCUACUAUGGAAUAUGGACUGGAACCCCACCAAGCUGUAAAUCUUCAACAACCUCUGGGGGUAAGUGUGGAAUAUGGCGACGCUUUGACAACGGAUUAUAUUAUACUGCGACCACUCAGAAGAAACCGUUUGAUGAAUCUCAUCAUUAUUGCAAGAGUAUGGGUGGCGACUUGGUCGAUAGUUCCUUGACCUUACCUUCCGUGAUCAGUGGUGUUUUGCGGUCCGGAAUAACGAUGAACGGAGCUAGUUAUUGGAUCGGGUUAAAGGUCAUUGGACAAAAUCAGUGGAUGUGGAGAGAUAACAUGAGAAUGACACAUGCGGAAGUUAUCGGACGGUUCCAUUAUGCCGACGUGCUAAAUAGAGGCCAAGGUAAAAGCUGUGGGUUAUUUCCUGCCGAUCCGUCGAAAAAGUGGAGAGUUGGGCAUUGCCAAAAUGACUGGCAUUUUGCGAUUUGCCAAAAAGCCGGCUGUGAUACCCCGUGGAGUUCAGAUGCAAUGCUCAGAAGCAGCAAUGGCGAUAGCAUUAAUCCAAAAUCCUCGGUUGAAAAAAAUGGGACAAGUGCUGACACGGAGCUAGUCCCGGAAGAUGACCAAUGCCAACCAAAUCCAUGCUUGAAUAAUUGUGAAUGUCAACAAUCAGUGUUGGGAUAUUCCUGCAACAAUAUCGGAGAUAGUUUGUAUUUAGGAGACAAUUGUGAAUACGAAUCUCCCGAUAUUUUCUGUGGACAUGAUUCGAUUGUUGUAACGCUUGGCGGUGAUAUUGUGUUAGGUAUGGAUGGAGGUGUCGGAAAUGGUGUGUUCUACGUUACACCAAAUGAAAGCCUAGCUGAAAACUUUACUACAAUAGAUAUGGGUUGCAGAUUUGAAACCUUCGAUGGUGAAACGUUUGCCGUGUCGAUACCUUUCCCGUUCGAUUCAUGCGGCACAAAAGUGGAAUCCGUGAAUGGGACACUGGCGUUCAAGAACACGAUAUGGUUUAAUCGCAAUGUAACAGCAGAAUCUGGGAUAUCUGUAAAGUCAUCUGUUGCAGGAAUAUCGUGCUCCUAUCAGGAUAUAUACAAAUUGACAACAACUAUUGACACAAUAUGCUGUCGAACACCACCCCUCGUUACUGCCAGUGGAGUCUUUGAAUUCCAGUCCAGCUUAUGGACCGACCCACCCGGCAUAAAUGGGACAACGGAACUAACUAACGGCAAAAUCCGGACCCGAGUUGUUUCAGCAGGCGGAGUCGUAACUUAUAGAGUUGGAGAGAUGUUGUAUCUAACUAUUGAAAUGCGAGCCUCAAACGCCAGGAGUGCAAAUUCUAUAUUUCCAUCUAUAAAUAUGUGCUGGAUUUCGUCAAAUAAAGAGUCUGAAUUACCGUUGAGAAACGUGGAUCUGUUACUGUAUCCACGGAGCAAUUUUGAUAUUGUUAAAACAUUUGGACCAUUGAAUACCCAUUCUGCUGUUCAUUUUGGAUUUCAAGUAAUUCAAGCAAAGAGAAAUGCUGAAAUUUUUCUUCAUUGUCAGAUACAAAUUCAGCACAAACGAUCAAAGCGAUCUUGGUAUGAUGAGAGUGGAAUAUCGUUGGUAACUAAGGGGCCUAUUGUAUUUUCUGAUGGAUUGGAAAUUCCCAACUUAGAAGCGGAUACGUCCAUGGAAUCUGCAGAUGGCUCUUCCAGUCAAUUUCUUCUGCUCGGUAUUUCCAUUUUCGGAAUCUUUCUUCUGACAAUGUUGAUGACUUGCUGCUUAGUUCAUCUUCGCCACAUCCAUAAACGCCAAGGCAGAGUAGGCUGCUCAGAUUCUCGAAAUCUGGAAGAUGACAGCUUCGGUCAUGAUUCUUCUCGACUGUCUUCCGUAAGCACGGUGUCUUCGAUCGUCUCUUGAAGUCAUAUGGGGAUCAGAAGCGAUACUUAUUCUGACAUUUUCAAAUAUUAUGUUACCGCCGUUAGCCAUUUUUCAGUUAAAUAAAAUACUACAAUCAAAUGUCUUUUCA